AUGAUAAAGAAGGAAGAAUAAGUCCAUGACGAAUUUAAAAGACCUCCAAAUCUGCUAAAAGCUAAAAAGCAUGGAAAUGCAAAGAGAUUUGCUGCUCCAUUACCUUUUACUGAUUUUGAUAAAGAUAGUGUAUGUCCAUGUUGUGGAUAUCCAUACAAGAAUUAAAUUCUUCCAUUAUGUGUUUCAAUAUCAGAAUUCAGUUUCAUAGGAUCAGGAAUAGUUCUAUAUUUUGAUUUUGUUAUAUAUUCACAAAUCAUUUUGCUCAUCUAUAUGUUAUUGUAAUAAAUAAUGUAGAUCAAUUGUAGGAGUGUACACAUUUUACGAUAAUAGUUAAGGAUUCAGAUGCUAGUUUGACAAGUGUGAAGAGGAUAUAUACAAUAAAUUUUCAAGAUCAAAUGUUUUAAAGUAUUGAGCUUGUAAAUAAUAAAGAGAGCUAGAUAUUGCAGCUAGUUACUUAAACUUUGCUACAUUGUUAAUAUUGAUAAUAACAUCUUUAAUAUAUCGUCGGCAUAUUAAUAAAAUUUGUUUGGAAAUUGAUGAUGCUGAAAUUGAGGCAUCUGAUUAUUCUAUAAUGAUUUAUAAUAUUCCAAAGAAUUGUAAGAAAGAAGAUAUUAGAUAAUUCUUUUUAUAGGAGGAGGGUAUGGAAACAUUGGAGUUAAGAAAAAUUUGUAUGGCUUAUGAAGUGAAGCAAUUUCUAUUUUUAAAAGUUGAAUUGGAUUAAUAAUAGAUGGAAUUAUCUCAAAUAUUAGAAUUGGAAAGAUAAAAAAAGAAACCUCCUAAAACAAGAACCGAAAUUCUAUAGAAAAUAAAAGAAAUAUAUGAGAAAUUGGAUUAUGUUGAGAAAUAUAAGGAAGUAAUUUUCAAGUUUACAGGAGUAGCUUUUUUAUCAUUUAAUUAUGAGAAACAUGCUGAUAUAGUUUGUGAUUAAUUUUAAUAGACAAAAAUUUAAUUGUUAUUAGAAUAAUUAAAUAUAAAAAAAUAUUAGAACAGAAAGUUUUUGGGUAAUUCAAUAAUAGUGAGAAAAGCACCUUUACCAGGGGAUAUAUUAUGGGAAAAUCUAGGUAUUGAAAUAAAAGAACAAUACAAAAGAAUAGUGACUACGAAUAUUGUAACAGCAAUUCUUUUAGCUGUAGGAUUGACUCUAAUAUUUGGAUUAUCUUAUUUAUAAGAAUACUUAAAUGAAUAAGUGAAAUUCGAUUCUACAACAACAAAUGUUAUAAUAAAUUUUUUAGGUUUUCUGGCAUCUUUGAUAGUUUCAUUUAUUAAUAGUAUAUUGUCUUCAACAAUAAUAAAAUUAAUAAUAAGAGAAUCGCAUUCAACAAAGACUGAAUAUGAUAUAAGUAUAGCAAAGAAGAUAGGAUUGGCAGAAUUUAUCAAUGGAGCAAUUUUAACUUUAUUAGUAAAUAUUUUAAUUAAAGGGCAAAAUGAGUCUUCUAUUAAUAGUUUGUAUUAAACAGGAGGUUUGAAUUCAGAUGUAAUGUGGAUAUUUAUGACAGAUUCUUUUAUGCCUUGGUUUUUAUUCUUUUUUGAUUUUGAACAUCUUAAGAAAUUAUACUUACGUAGAGAAAUCAAAAGAUUAGGAUCAAGUUGUAAAUUGACAUAAAAAGAAGCUAAUGAGUAUAAAAAUGUUCUAAAUUAAGAGCAUUUGAAGGUCCAAUGAU